UCAGGAAGGGGGCAAACACUUUUUCACACAACUGUAUAUUCAUAACUCAAGACAGUUAGGUGUCAUUGCAGUCAGGUAACAUACAGAGUAAGACACUUUACUGCAGGCAACAGAGACACCCUCACCAUAAAGACCUGGCAGGGUUUGGAGUGUUUUGCCACGUCGCAGCAGUAGAUGCUUGUAAACUGACUGAGUGCAUGUUGUAUUUUGGAGUCAUGCGUAAUGGUCAGGGUGUACUGACCUCAACCACAGUUUGCUGGUUCGGUGCUGUAAAAGGCCCUCCGGUCCAGUGGAGGAAGCAACCUCAGAGCUGACCUACUGCGACACAGCCCUGUGUUUGUGUGUAAGUCCGAGCACACAGAUGUAUCUCACUCUGAGCCACUGGGAUUGAACGGCCCCUCAAAUGUCACCAGAGCCCGGUUCUGCAAUUUGUGGCUCUGUGGUACCAGAUGUUUGACUGACACAUAAAAUCUGCCUGCAACAAGGACAAUGACAGAGAUGGGAAACAUGACGGUAUGUGUGUGUGUGUGUGUGUGUGUGUGUGUGUGUGUGUGUGUGUGUGCGUUUGUCACAGAGGGAAAAACAGAGAGAUAAAAGACAGCAAGGUUGAGAGCUGAAAAUAGAAGUCUGGUCAAAAAGAAAAAAAACAUACAGACAUGAUGUAAAAAUGUGCCUCUCAUCAGCGUCCUCAGAUCCUUUAUGUGAUGGCCAUAAUAGAUGGUGUCCGGUCUGGUCCCAUUGCAAGCUGUUCCCGUUUUACUUUCCUGUAUCUGUCUCUGCAAUCAGUCAAGCAGCUAUAUGGAUGCCUGCAGGUACAAUUUACGGAUAAAUAACAUGUUUAGCACACAUAAAUGUCUUUCCGUGUAUCCUUAAUGAGGCCAAUUUUCUCCCCAGAGUGAAUUUCUGUGCUGGCAUUUACACUUUAGUGUGCAUGAAGAGAUCUGUGUUGAGCUGCGUUUACUGCUCGCAAAGCCGUAAAUGAAGACGGAAAACCAUAUAAAAGGCUGAUAUGGGGGUAAAAGAAAUUGGCAGCUAUAAAGGCCGGAGAAAACAAGUUAAUUACUCAAUGAAAAGCUGUGAAUUAUCAUCAGAUGACUGAAAUGCAGCAGCAAAAUGAAGGAUUUCGGGAUGGGAAUUAUAUUUAAAGGUCGUCAAGACAGACACAUUUCUGAAAUGAUUUGAUUUUUUUCCAAACUUGGUGUUGACAGUGACAGUAGAUGUUUGUCUCCCUCGAUAAUGUUUAUCUGCCUCUCACCUUUCCGUGCCCCACAGGCCCUAAUCGCUCCCUUAAGCUAAAUGUUAUUGAGCUGGAGGAUCAGAAGCGAUCUGAAAACGGCUGGAAUCCAUUGUACCUCCACACCCUCCGCUUUAUGAAUGGUCACUCUAAAUUGAGUACUCUUUCUGUCACACCCAUAUUUUCACCUAUUUAUUCCCUCCUUUCCUAUUUCUGGCUGACAGACAGAGUGAAUGCUCCCUGCAAUGCCCCCCCCCCCCCUGAACCUUUGUGUCGUUGAAAAACUGGGAUUAGUUAAAGAUUUAGGGAAGGUAAUCUGAGCCCAGGCCAGUGCCCAGUAAGAGUGGCACCAGCACAUGGGCAGAUUGGCCUGGCAGCAGUUUAAACUAGUAACUCCUGCGACAUUAAUCCAACACGGACUAUGGUUUGGAAAGGUCACAUGUUUGGAGUUUACCAGUGCUCGCCUUGCCCUGGAGUCAUUUCUUCAGCAGACAGGAAGAAGGUGUUUGGAAUAUAUCCAGGAAAAGCAGACAGGCUACUGUAGGAAACAUUUCUAUCUCUGGAGAAGUGGAUUUAUGGUUUUACUGUUGUGCAUAAAUCUGCGAGAUAGACCUGGCAUCUCUGCAGCUCAGUGUGGUUAAACAUGUGCAGACAUGGGGCUCUUGUUUUUAUGUCACAUCACAUGUGAUUUGUUUUCAUUUUUAAUUCAGUUUAAUUUGAAAAAUGUAAUGUAAAAAUUUGGAAGAUCCAUAUCUUAGCAUACACUCCAAAUAGGGAUUAUUUUUAUGACCAUUUAGUCUGAUAUUUUCCAAUUAAUUGAUUCUUUAUUUAGUCUGCAAAACGUCAUGAAAUAAUGAAGAAUGUUAUGGUCUUUAAAAAGCAUUUUCUAUUCAGUCCAAAAUCAGAUCAUAAAAAAAUAUUUAGUAUAUGUGCUCUAAGGUUUGAAAAAUCGAUGAUCAAAAUGUUUAAAUAUCUUCUGUAGAUUGACUAAUCUCCUUAUUGCGUCAGUGCUAAAGUAGAUAUCAAUGAAAACUGUAUAAUGUUAGAAACAUACUGUUCACUCAGGAGAGAAUAAUGGAAAGUACUUGUACUGAAAUUAAUAUUUAUCAUAUGAGUCAGACUUAAGAGAGUACACAGGUUCUAUUUGUCAAGUUUGGUCCCUGAACAAAUUCUCGAGAACCUGCUGACUUCUCAGGCCACCGAGAGAGAGAAUCACAUUCCCAGCAUGCAUCCGUCAAUCCAAAGUUUUAGACGCCUGACACAUUUAUGUGCGCCUGAACGCUCCUGUUUCAGUUUUUCGUUUAGUAUGUCACUGACAUUUCUCUCUGUCUGUUCUCCCAGCUGGCCUUAAGUGAACUGUAUGAAAACACAGAAGUCUCCCUAACUGGAAACCAUUGGAGAACUAAGUGGAUUGAAGAAGGCAGAGAGCAAGUGUGGGAGUCAGAGAGGGAGGGACGACAGAAGGGAUUAGCAGCUAAUCCAGUGCAUGGACAAUCCUGGAUGAGCCUUAUUUUUUCCUCCUGGGUGAUGCAGGCAAAACAGUAGCUGGACUACGGCACUCUACUUUGUUACCCUUUUCCAGAAAGCAUCGCCCUCCUUUUUCCUUUGCUCUGAUUGUUUUCAUUGCCCCUCAAAAGGCCGACGUCGCGGGAGCCGAGGGACCAGGGGAACGGAGGACACACAAAGAAGAGGGGUGGCAGGCCUGCUGACAGGAUGUCCCAUGGACAGUUUGGUGUCACACAUAGAUAAACGUCUUUAGUGGGAGAGACGGUGCAUGCCAGUGGACUCCAAGCUCUCUCCGUCUGGACUUGAGACACACCAGAUUCUCCUAAAAGCUGACAUGUAUUGAAGACACACGCAAAAAGGACUCGCUGCCAGUAAGCUACGGAGUGGUGAUACUGCUGUGUUGGCAUUUAGCUGGCUUUUUCUUCUAAAGUGCAGGAUUACAGAAUAACACAUCAGACAUAAACUACUUUACUACUUGUGGGCUCAUUUGAAACCUAAAUAAUAGUGAGAAGGGUAACCACAUUCUGGUGGAAAUGGGCCUAUAAAGAGUAAUGUAUGAAUUUGUAUGCUGGUGCAGAAUACUCUCCAGGCUCACUUUGGUUUAAAAAGGAUUCCUGGUGAGUUAAUCCACUUAGUGUUGCGAGUAAAACGUAAGUUGAGACUGACAACAAGACAGUUCUCCAAAUCCUAAAAGAUAUCAAAUGAAGUGAACAUCAGUCCAUUUCAUUACUAUUGUCUCGCAAACCAGCGGAGUUGUUUGGCUGAAGUCAUGUCUCAGUUUAUUUGCAGUUGUGGCUGGAUUCUGUCAUUCGCUAAACCAAAUGUGAAGAAGAGUCCAGCCAGCCCCAAAUUCUCCAACCACAUGAACUGUGGCAGCCAGAGGCAACAAAGUGUGGCCUUAUAAGUCAUCUUCUGUGUUAUUUUGUCAUCUGCUGGGCAGUAGAAGCGAGCUGAGGGUUUGGCCAUGUGCAGUGCUAGCUGUGCUUGAGUGGGAGAGAGACUGGCAUCUUUUAGUGUAGAUCUGAAAGGGAAACCGUAGGCCGUCCGUGGAUGAAUAGUUGGCUCUGGCCGUGUGGAGAAUGGAUUAUACACACAUUCUCUGCCGACUGAGCAACCACAUAUUUGUGUUUUCUGUUCUCACUGUCCCCUACAUUUCAUUUCUUUUUUCUCUCUCUCUCUGGUUUUACAGUGGACCCUAAGUUGGAAUUUAAACUUGACUGACAUGUGCGCAGAGCUCAGACACUCUCAUCCAAAUUAAAGCGAAAUUACACAACUUUUCUGCCACCAUGAGUCUGGGAAAACUGCCAGGGAUUAAAGGCCUUGUGUCUGGCUCUCAGGGGAAACGUCGUUUCAAGAGUGAACUCUCAGUGGACAUGAUCAGCCCGCCGCUGGGCGACUUCAGACAUACUAUGCAUGUUGGCCGUGGCGGGGAAGUGUUUGGUGACACUUCCUUCCUUAGCAACUACGGGGGCAUCCGGGAGCCAGGCAGUCCGGACUCGGCAAACAGCUCCAUGACAACCAGGUUUUUCACACGCACCUUUGGGCAUGUGCGGAAAAACUCUGUGGCACGGCCGCGGGGGGGCUCCCGUGACUUGUCGUCCCCACCACCAGACGUCUCACCCAUCAUUAAGAACGCCAUCUCCCUGCCACAGCUGAACGUGGACUCCCCUAAUGGGUGCCUUCAGCGGGUGCUGUUCUCCAGCUCCAUCAGCUCAACAGAUGACUCCUUCUGCACAUAUGGUGUGCAGUCUGGAUUUGUGACUCUGCCCCGCCUCUCUCGCCUUGACAGACAGUUUCAAGAUGGAGACGCCGGGAAAGGAUCUCUACCAGACAGCAGCGGCAUCACACUGACACGCUCAGACUCCCUCACCUCGUUCACUGUUGACCUUGGCCCAUCCCUUAUGACUGAGGUACUGAGCUUGAUUGACAACCGCAGCUGCCUUCAGAUGUCCAAUCACAGCCAGGCAGCAGGUGAGGAAGAAGAAGGAGAGGAAGAGGAAGAAGAGGACGACAGGUCUCUAACAGAAACGCCCGUGCAGACCCCUGGGGCGACUUCACCCAACCCCUCCAUGGGCAGCGGGUCAUUCAGCAGGAAUGGGAGGCGCUCUUGUAGCAGGAACUGGACAGAGCACGAGGAGGAGAGGGGGUCACUGACGAUACCAGACGAGUGCACUGGGUCUCCUCAGAGAGCCGAGCCUGCAAUUGAGGCAGAAAGGUUCCAGAGGGCCGCUGACGUGCUGUCUCGUCAUUAUGGCGGAGGGUCCUUCACAAAGGGAACGAGGAUGAGCAACGACGCCACCUCUCCUGCAUUUACCCAAAGCCGCAAAACACCACAUGCCUUUUCUGAAGAGGAGGAAGAGAUCAAAGUCUAGACGGUGAAACUGUCUCUGAAAAAGUGCUGUGACUUUAUUGAUCCAAUAAAACCAUAGGAGCCCCCCAGUGACCUGAGUUCUGGGUUAAUGCUAUUCUGUUCUGUUCCUCCAGAAACAUUCUUCCUCUUCUCACAUGCAUCUACAUGAGGGGCGACGCUGAUCAAAGACCAGAUCCUGGUACUAAUGCUGAUCUUGACCCUGGACCUUUCCCUCUCUCUGCACUAGUUGCUGCCAUGCUUUCAUAGAUUAUUUGAACUAUUGUAAAAAUACAAGUCACUGAUUGAGUUUGAUAUCACAAAAUGGAUUAUUUUUAACACAAACUAUUAAUAAUGACUUUUUAAUUUCAUCAGUAACAAAGAUUUAAAAAGUGACUGAAGUUUGUCCCACCUGCAUAAAUUAUGCUCAGAAUACUGGAGAACAGUGACUGUUGAAUAGAUGUUUUUCAAUUUGUUUCACACUGUACAUAAUCACUCACUACAUAAUCAUGAUGUUCAACAGCAAAAUGUAUUCUACAUAAAUAAAGAUCUUCAGGUUCAAAGGUCUGAGGCCAAGGUCAAUGUGAGCCUGAACUGUUUUAUAACCACGUGAUAGAACUUGUCAAUAAAUUACCUGUAAUCAGGAAUAGGACUGCAGAUGCAAAUUAGCUUAAGCUACAAUCUGGUACAGUGCAUCUAAUGGAGACAUUUAUGUUUAAACUGUACAUGGUCCCUUUAAAUAAAUUAAAUAAAUAAAUAGUGGUGUUAUAAAAAUUAAGAUAGUAGGACAUUUUCCGCUGAUGUUCCUCUGAAGUAAAAGUGAUCGCUGCAACUGUGACAUGUAGGCUGAAUGUUUAUCAAGCUUUCAUCAGUCAGUCUUUUCUUAAAUGAUAUGGCUGAUGCAAUAAAGGCCUAAUUUUAAAUUUCGGCUUUUUUAUAAACAACCUUUCGAGUCCACAUCAAAGACCCCCAACAGCUGUUAAAUUGUCGGAAUAGACAAUCCAUUUUGUUUUGGCAUGAGAUCAUGUACAGCACCACUUUUUUCUAAUCAGCGUGUGAAAUUUGGUCCCCAUGUCUAACUAAAACUGGUAGAUGACCCUCUUAGUGUACUUAACUUUUUUCCAACUUAAAAAAAUAAUGUUGAAGAUUUUCACUUAAAUCGAUAUCUGUUAAGUCACCAUCUAGCACUGAAAUAGGUAAGACAAUGGUGAUUGAGCAAGGCAGGAAAUGGGUGGAGGAUUUCCAUUUUUUUUUGUCAAGCUACAACAAACAGAAAUCCACCACCCAAAACCUGCCCUACAGUACGGAAACUCAUAUGCAAACAUAGUACCUAGAAGCACAGCUUCAAGUAUAAGAUAAGAUAAGAUAAUCCUUUAUUAGUCCCGCAGUGAGGACAUUCACAGAUCAGAUACAGAGCACUGUUACAAUAGUAUUAUUAUAUUCUUAAAUUUAUUAAAUUAAUGCAGUCCUCAAUUAUUUGACUCAAAUGUAGCUUCACUAAGUCACGUCAUAUGCUACUUCAGUACACUUCAAAGAGAUAUACUACUGGAACCACGGCAGAAACGGCCAAUGCUUAUGACAGGGGCCAAAUUUCUCCUGCAUCACUCUCGGUUACAACCUUGUCUUGUUCAAUGCACUAUAGUGUUGCUGGGAGUGUGACCCAGAGUGAGGUGCUAAGGGAGGAUGGGAAGAGGUAAUCUGUGAAAUGGAACUGAAUAUUUCCAACCAAACUCAAUACAAAGAGGGGAAAUUAGUUCUAUACAUAUACAGAUCAUUGGUAACAGGUAGUUUAAGGAAGAUAUACAAAUGAUGCGGAACACAUUUACAUGAGAUGAAUUGUUUACACGUCAUAAACAACAGGUGAGGAGUGAGAAUGCUCAUUAGGAUCAACUGGCACACGCCUUCAAGGCGUUUCGAUUCAUCAUCGUAAGAUCACAGGUACCAACAAUUCUGCAGUUUAAGAACAUGUCACGAUGCGAUUACAUACCAUCGUGACAACAUUAUUUUAAAGGGCUUUGUCCUAAACUGUGCAGGAUUAUACCCGAGAACAUCUAGACACAGGUCUUUAAACUCUGGCAAAAACCCUCUGGAACUAAGCCUAUAUUUAAAAGUCUCUGUCCGAAAGUUUAAAUGUCCAGUAUCAGCCUC